ACAGCUCGCGCACUUAGCUUCGCAACUGUAAAACAUCCACAGAUUUGUAAUAGAACUCGGUGUUCUCAUGGAGACCAAAGACGAAAAUCAGAUGGAUAUGAAAAUCUUUGACCACAGUGACAGAGAAUGGCACACUACAGAUCAUCAGCUUUACUCUCGCAACGAAGACGGACAAGCUCCAGGUCACUACAUGUGGGUGAAUGGCAGAUCUGUUUUAUCAAAUGCAGUCAGUGAGAACCAAAAAACUCAUUUUAAGAUCCACACUGUCGUGGAGCUUGACGAAAACAAGAAGUCUCAUCAAGUUGUCAUUUUAGAGCAUAAAGGUGGUAGUGUUGUGGCCAUAAACCAGGAAGAUGACACUGUCAUUGCUAAGGAACUUCCUAAACCUCUAAGCCAAAGCAACUCCCUUGAUGAAGUUAAAAGAGACAGUCCUGAGGUGUUAUUUUACAAGGUGGCUAGGGAAGAAGACAGUGAGCUGUUUUACUUCAAGUCCUACCUUAAAGAUAAGCAACGCGUCCUCGGCUUUGAUCAGGAAGGAAAUCCAAUGAACACCUCCCAAGUACAACCGGAUCAGCUGGAAAGCUGGUUUUCUGUGUUUUAAAGUCUCUUGCAACUGCAAAACUAAAGUUGCAGUUUACAGUUGAAGUAAGAGAUAUUUUCCAAACAGUAAAUUCUGGUAAGGAAAUUGUUUCACUUAGGUUAAGCUAAUGAUGUCAUGCAGUGUAAGUUUGACUACAAAAUUCAUGAAGUUUAGCAUGAUAAGACAUUUGUUUACUGUCUGUUUUAAGAUGAAAUUGCAAUCAAAAUGUAAUUUUAUACAUGUUGGAAAAAUAUUUUCAUAAAAUAGGGAUUAAAUCCACAGAAAGUUUUACAAAAUUUAUUUCAUAAUGAAUAUCACUUUGAUGCCCAAGUAACCUCAAAACGAUUAAUUAGAGAUGAAUUUUUAAGAAAAGUGACAGUCUUUUGGCUAAUAGUGAAUUAAGAUUCAGUGAAUUUGGUACGUAUCCUCUUAAAAGUUUCAUAAUAUUUCACUGGCAUUUGUAGGAAAUUUUUCAUUUUUCUACUGAUUUUCCUUUGUUAAAGGUAUCGGGACUAUUUUAAAAAUAGAAAAAACCUCCUUUCAGUUUCUUUAAGAUCUGCAUGCAGCAAAAUGGUUGUGAACAUGUUGCUAUCAAUUUUAAAUAAAUAUUUCAUUGGAAAUCAAUUUGUAAUUUGCUUUAUAUUGACAUCAAUCGAAUUAAACAUUCUGUGGCAGACAGACAAAAAGGCGAAGUACUUAAUGAGAUCUUAGGAGUGAAAGGGUUAAUUACGCACUGUUAAUUGUUUAAAAUUUAAAUAAGGUAAACAUUUGCUUAUGUACGAUUAUGCGACAUUUGUAAAGAUACAACUGUUUUAUUAGUAUUUCAUUUGUUCAGUUUACAUUUUGUCCACGUUAUGUGUAUCUCCGGUUUACGGUCAUUUCGUUCCGUGGUCAGAUCGUUCCACAAAAUUGUAAGUUCGUUCCACAUAUAUAAUAUAUAUUUUCUAAACGUGUAAAUGUGAUCUGAGUACAGAGUAGCGAUCGGAACAUAGACGAAAGUAUUUUCACAACUAUUUACAAAACAGUGAGAGCGCCGUAUGUUAAUUUCAGUGUGCAUUGCAGAACGAUGUGAGAACUAUUCACAUAUUAGCGAGAGCUUAUGUUAGUUUUCUGUAAGUCAAAGAUGAUGUUAGAAUUCAAUUAAAAGCCUGAUGCGAAAUUUUAGCAAAGGAUAUUGCGUUUGUCAGUAUAUUAUUCAAAAAGUUAAAGAAAUGAAACGACGUCCAGCAAUUAAAGCCGCACCGUGAUUGCAGAAGUUAAUACUAUUAUGUUAUUGACAUUUGAUCACAACACAGAA